AUGGGAGGAUCAGCGCAUAUGAGCUUCACCAUGGCGGCGGUCUUGACGGCCGGAGGAAUCUAUGCGUGGACGAAGAAGGGAAGCAAGGCCUCGUUGAUCGCGGGCUCUGCGGUGGGAGCGCUCUUCCUCGGCUCUGGGCUGCUCAUCCAAUCAGGACAGAACAAGUCUGGGCACCUCCUGGCGUUGGCUUCUUCUCUCGCACUGGCUACGGGGAUGGGACACCGCGCGAUCCAGACUCAGAAGUUCAUGCCUGCUGGGCUCGUAGCGACGUUGGGAGUAGCCUCCAUCUUGUACCAGGGCAAGAAGGUCAACGAGUGGUGGAACGAGUGA